AUGGGUUACGUGCAGGCGAACAGCGGCCGAACGCAGUACUCCUUCACGAUCGCGAUGAGGGACUGCGGGACGAGCCACUUCGAAUCGUCGGGGACGCUGGGCUUCGAGAACACCAUCAUCAUCCAGAUGGAGGAAGUCGUGCAGGAGGCGUGGGACACGGCGAGGAAGAUCUCGUGCGACUGGAAGGACUCGCUGGAGAAGGAGGUCAUCUUUCAGCCGUUCACCGUCGGGAUGCUAGAGGUUCAGGAGGUUCGGUUCGGGGGGGAUAACGUGGAAUGUUGGAUGGACAUCAAGAAGGGGAAGGAUCCGUUCGGUACCACGGUCGAGGGGAUCCUGGAGAUCGGGGAGGACAUGACGGUCGUCGUCUAUGCGUCCGACGGCGGGAGCAACUUCGACAUCCUCGUCAAGAACUGCUGGGCGUAUGAUAGCAUGGACUAUGAGAAUUCGGGAACGAACAAGGUCAGACUCAGCGACGACAAGGGAUGUCGACUGAAGCCCAAACUCAUGGAUUAUUUUUUCCGGACCCGGGAGACUCGUUCCACGGGAGCAUCCAUCAUCGCCUACGCUCCCAUUUAUGCCUUCAAGUUCCCAGAUAAGAUGGGCGUUUACUUGACGUGCGACGUGCAGCUGUGUAAGGGCGGAUGCACGGAUUUCUGCGAAGACCCGGGUUACCCGAGCGAACCCAUCGGGGGAGCCCUGUUACCUGACGUGGUGACCACGACCCAGUUCUCCUGUUUCCUGGGUUCCACGGAUCCGAGGUGCACGACGACCACGAUCCGACCCCUUCCGACCACAACCCAAUUCGUAUGCGGACCGACGACGGUGGAUCCCCGCUGCCCGGCCAACUGUAACAUCCCGAACAACCCAGACCCCCGCUGCAUCACCACGCCGCAUUUCUUUCCGGCCCCUACCACCACGCCCUUCGUAUGCCAUCCCGGUUCUUCCGAUCCCCGAUGCCCCCUGCAGUGUUUCCCAGGUAGUACGGAUCCGCGAUGUCCUCCUCCGCAGACUCUACCACCUUCAACGCCUCCCCCGACCACCCAAUUCGUGUGCACGCCGAAUUCUUUAGAUCCUCGAUGCGCCACCUUCGCACCUCCCACCACCACCCCUUUCAUUUGUCAGCCCGGACUAGCGGAUCCUCGUUGCCCCCCCGCCUGCUUCCCCGGUAGUCCCGAUCCGCGAUGCCCCCAUGAGCCAACCCCACCGCCCGUUCAACCUCUACUUCCUCAACAACCUCAGAUUCUGCAGCCUGUCCCCUUCCCCCAACCUCAGCCUCAGCCACAACCCCUUCCUCCACCUCAGCUGGUCCCAUUCCCGCAACCUCAACCGCAACCCCAACCCCUCCCUCUCCAACCCCAACCCCUUCCUCUGCAGGAGCACUAUAGCAACCAGGACCCGCGAUUCCAUGCAUUCCACCGCUGGCAAUACGAACCAGCUCCAAGCCGAUUCACGACUACCCAAAACGGAAACGGGAACAUAAUCGUGAACGGAAAUGGAUUUGCCGUGAACGGAAACGGGAACGGGCAAGUGAACGGAAAUGGAUUUGCCGUGAACGGAAACGGGAACGGGAACGGCUUCGGCCGGCGGAAGCGAGAGGUCCACAUCGCCCCGUCGAAUAAUCACACCAUCAGUUUCGCCACGGGAUUCCAGGUGAUAUCGGUAGAAGACAUCGACGGAGCCGAGGGGAAUUCCAUGGUGUUCUUCGGCCGCGUCCACCCGCAGGACGCGACCGAGGGCCAGGUCUGCAUGCCCCAGGUCUCGUUCGCGCUCGGACUCGUGUGCAUCUCCUGCGUCCUGCUCACCGCCGGACUCGUGUGUCUCGGCCUUUACAUCCGCCUCCGAAGGUAUGCCAAAUGGUAA